AUGUCGACAAAAUCAAAACAAACGAAAAGGGAACUAUUUCCCACGACGAGAGACAGCAGCAGUGAGAUUGAAGCUGCUGCUGUCUGCAAAGGACCCCAAACGAAAGAGUCUGCUGUAGAUGGUAUCACACAAAAGCCCGAAGCCGUUCAAAUAAGGGAAGAUGAAGAGAAACAAGAUGGCGAAUGGCCGGAAAACCCUACAGGGGAAACGGAAGAACUCGAUUCUACGACAGAAAAAUGUAGUGAGGCAGAUAGCAGCAGUGAGAUUGAAGAGUCUACUGCAAGUGGUAUCACGCAAAGGCUCAAAAACUUUCAAAUAGGGGAAGAUGAAGAGAAACAAGAUGGCGAAUGGCUAAAAAACCACACAUGGGAAACGGAAAAACCCGAUUCUACGCUAGAAAUGAAAGCAACUGUUUCCAUUUCACAGUCCUACCCUACAUCUAGCAAGUGGACAAAGAAUGAAGCUAAUGCGUCUGUGGAUCUGGCUGAGAUAUAUUCGAAUCUCCCCUCCUACAUAGAAGACGUAAUGAAAGGAAGUAUCAACAGUUGUCGACAAGAACUCGAGAGGGUACUUAAAACACCAGAUUCCGAAAAGCUUACCGUCAAUACUCCCCACAUCUUAGAAAUUAGAAACGAGUCCCUCUCCCCAAAAGACCGAAAAGUUUUAACGAAAAUAGACGAAAAGUAUACGGCGUCGUCGUUACCCUCGCCACCUGAAGAUUCAGCGGUCAAAAAUUUCUACUACUUCGAUUGUGAGCAUGUGCUUAAAAUGUAUGUGCCUAGUAGCAAUUUAUCAUGGUUCCAGACUCAGACUAAUAGGUACACGAGAUGGAUUAAAAAAAUAAUAAGUAACGACUACAUUGGGAAACGAUGGGUGUUUAUACCAUCUUUCCGCCGGGCGCAGAUUGCGUUGUUACAAUGGCCCCAUGAUGAGGUUAUGAAUGAUGACUCCACCAUUAGGAUUCUCGUAGUACGGCCUUCGGAGUUUGAUGCGUAUGUGAGAUACUGUGGGCCUCACUUUCCUGUGAUCAGACUCCCACAGGAUGAGAUCGGAGUAGGAUAUGCCCGCUACUGGAUCCAGAAAAUCGCACUGCGCUUAGAGUUGCAAUUUAUUUGGAUGAUUGACGACAGUAUAAAAUACUUUGUCGAAUAUGAUCCAAACAAGAAACCGCCUCGAGGUUCAUACAAAGAAUUCAGAAAGCGUAAAUUUGGGCUUGUUUUCGAGCGAAUUGAGAAGUUUGUCAAGGAAACAGCCGACGAAAAGGUUCCCAUUGUAGCUAUGAGCCCAAGGAGAUUCUGCGUUCGUAAACCAUUGCUGGAACCAUUCGUCUGUAAACCGCCACAAGUUGCAGUGUACCUUAACUUAAGGAAAUUACAGGAAAAGCAUGUAUACUAUAGACCGGAACUUAAAACACUUGAGGACAUGAUAUUUGGAUAUGAGUGCGAGCAGCGCAAUUUGAAAGUUUUCAUGGACAACCGCAUUCAGGUGUUUGACCAGCCGUGGAACGAUACAGGUGCAAGUAGCCCAUCUGUCAAGACAAACACCCAAAGUAGUUAA